AACUACUGCAGACGCACAGAGUAUAAACAUUAACUGAAGAAACCGGAGUGUACCUGGAUUGUCACUUUUGCACUGCGUCCAAGUCUGAAGGAUUUUUGUGUCUGUGCCGACUUCUUAAAUCGACGUGUAUGGAUGUACCAUGGCUACGUUUUCAUGCAGGGUGCAGUUCUUAGAUGAUACUGAUCCAUUCAAUAGCACAAAUUUUCCCGAGCCGACCAGACCCCCGCAUUUCACAUUCAGAGAGGAUAUACCGCUCAUCAAUCAGAUCGCCGGAGUUCACAGACUUCUCAAAGCCCCACACAAGCUCGAUGAUUGUGCCCUACAGCUGUCCCAUAAUGGCAGCUAUCUGGACUUGGAAUCCACCUUGGAUGAGCAGAAAGACGAACUUGAAGGCUUUCAGCUGGAUGGAGGGAGGGGAAAGAAACACAGUAUUGUCCUAAGAACGCAGCUGUCUGUCAGAGUUCAUGCCUGUAUAGAAAAGCUCUACAACUCGAACGGUCGUGACCUACGAAGAGCGCUGUUCUCUCUCAAGCAAAUCUUUCAGGAUGAUAAAGAUCUGGUUCAUGAGUUUGUGAUGGCUGAGGGACUCACCUGUCUUAUUAAAGUGGGAGCUGAAGCUGAUCAAAACUACCAGAACUACAUUCUUAGAGCUCUUGGACAGAUCAUGCUGUAUGUGGAUGGAAUGAAUGGACUCAUCAGACACAAUGAAACCGUCGAGUGGCUUUACACGUUGGUCGGAUCAAAGUUCCGUCUAGUUGUUAAAACCGCACUGAAGCUGCUGCUGGUUUUUGUGGAGUACACCGAGUCCAAUGCACCUCUUCUCAUCCAGGCCGUCAACACUGUGGACAAUAAGCAAGGCGGUAAGCCCUGGUCCAAUGCCAUGGAAAUCCUGGAUGAGAAGGAUGGGAUGGACACUGAACUGCUGGUCUACGCCAUGACCCUUAUUAACAAGACAUUGGCUGGUCUUCCUGACCAGGACUCGUUCUAUGACGUGGUUGACAGUCUGGAAGAACAGGGGAUGGAGGUCUUGGCCCAGAGGCACAUCAACAGAAAGGGCACAGACUUGGACCUGGUGGAGCAGUUUAACAUCUAUGAGGCAACUCUUCGUCAUGAGGAUAGUGAUGAAGAAGCUUCGCCUCCUUCAUCUGGACAUAAAAGCCGUCGUCGGGCCAGCGUGGGGGCCACACCUGAAAGGCGGGGCUUAGAACGACGACGCAGCCGAAGACACUCGCUCCAAAAUGGGAAAGGCCACACCUCUGCUCCAACAUCCCCCUGCCACAGCCACACCCCCAAUAUCGUGCCCUUCAAUGGCCAGAGGAUAGAGAAUAUCACCGAAAGAGAGGAGGAAGAGGAGGAGGAGAAGGAACUCUCUAGGCAGGCAUCUGAAAGCUGGAUGGCAUCAACCGUAGAGGAAGCUUCUAGCUUGUGUUUGCCUUUUAAGUGCAUGGGCAACUUCAUUCCAAAAGCUGCUGACACAGACAAUGGGGAAAACCUCAGGGGCAAGUCUGGGAUCGGGGUUAUCUGCAAGGGCCCGGUGUCUUCCCCUCCCCUGACCCCUGAUUUUGGCCCCGUGAUAUCAGCCAGAUUGUCUUCUUGGGCCUCUGUCAGGUCCUUGGGUGCCCUCCCAUCCCAGGGUUCCUCUGUCACCUCCUCAGCCUCCACCUCCCCGAGCGAGGACACCCUGUCCCCUGUCUUCCCUUCCUCCCUUCAAUCUACUUGCCCGGUGGAUCUGGACGAUGUAGCAUCGGGCACCCCUCAGGGCCAGAUGGGCCGAGACCCAGACAAGCACUGCAGUCUGUCAGAUGUUAGAUACUCAAAUGCAUCAUACAGCUCUCGUGGCAGUAAUGGCUAUGCAGGUACGUACCCUGGCAGGUCAGCUGGGGUGUCUAGCGCUCCCUCCACACCCCACAAUCGCUUCGGCCCAACUGCAGACAGUAAACCUGACAGACCGCAUCUGGGUGGUUUACUGACCUCCUCUUACAGGCAACACCAGGAGUCUCUGAAUGCAGAACGAGAGCGCAGACGCUUGGAGAGAGAGGAAAGACUUCAAAGGAUUGAAAGAGAGGAAAGAAACCGUUUCAAUCGGGAUUAUGUGGACAAGAGAGAAGAAGUUCGACAAGCUCGAGAAGAGAGAUACAAGCAGAUAGAGCGUGUGUCAGCGGAUGAGAAAGAAAGGGAACGAGCAAGGUCAGCGCCACGGGGGCGGACAGAAAUCACCCUCAGUCUGAGUUCUCGAACAUCCAGCAGCUCCUUGCCCCGUACAGCCGCUCCUCUGACCGUAGAGUCUCGAGAGGAGAAAUGCUCUGUCCCACAUCCAACACGAGGAGCUGAUUCAGAGUCGAGACGCCAUGUGCAGGCGGCAGUUGCGUGGCCUGCCUCAGAGCCUCCCUCUGCCUCCACGCCUGCCUCUGGGUCGCCCUCUAAACCACGAGAGGAGGAACAGAGUCCCUUGGAGCUGGCGGAUAUCACGCUCAAUCUGCCCCAGACGAGCACAGAGGCAACGAGAGCUGAGAAAGAGAUGACGACAGAGGGCACUGAGGAAGAAGAGUCUGAGGAAAUGGUAAUUGUAAAGGAGAAAGAAAGGAAGGAUGAAGAACCAAAAGGAAACUGUGAGGAGGAAUCUAGUAGAACAGGUACAGAGGAGAGACAGCAGAUGUUAGAGGAGAUCGCUGUCCUGAGUGAGAAAGAGCGACAGAAUGAGGAACUGAAUGAGAAAGAUAACUGCUCCGCCUCCAGCAUCUCUUCAGCGAGCAGCACUCUGGAGAGAGAGGAACGGGAGGAGAAACUUGUCGGCGACAGUGACUCAGGCCAGUGGGCGGACUGUAUAAAUACAACAGGCAUCAAUGAUCCAUGCAGCACAGUUCUCAACAGCAAACGCUUCAUGCUGGACAUGCUCUACUCGCGAAACCAAAAACCAGCAGAGGAAGAGGAGAAGGAGAAAGAGCAAGAGAAUGAGAAAGAGCAUUCAGGUCAAGAGUCUUCUGUUAGUAGCCUUGCUAUUCGCAUUUCCACACUGGAGGCGCGUAGGCAGGCGGGCGAGGAGAACAUGAAGAAGAUGGAAGUGGAACAUCUGGACAACCAGGGUAACGUGCGGGCCGUAGCUGAGAAAUUUGGAGAUUUGGUGAAAGGACUGGCGUCACCUCACGAGAUGGAGCAUCUUGGGAAGGAAAAACAGCCACCGCAGGAGAAGCCUCCACCGGCUCCCUCACCGACACCCCCUAAAAAGGAGUCCGACCACAUAUGGGACCAGCUGAUGGCCAAGCCACGAGAGCUUCGCAUUAAAGAGUUGGACUUCACGGACUUGAGGGAGGAGGACGAUGUGGACAUUUUGGAUGUUGGUAACGUGAUUGGGUCUGGUGACCUCACGCCAACUCCUCCCCCACCUCCCUGCUUACCCAAUCUUCCUCCCCCACCACCUUUGUUUGGAUGCCCCCCACCUCCACCCAUCCCUGGCAUGAUGAUGCCCCCUCCACCACCCUUUUUGGUGACUCCCCCGCAUCUUGGAUCUCCUCAGCUUAGUCGAGGAGAUCCCCCACUCUUCCAGAAAAAGAAAAAGACCAUCCGGCUGUUUUGGAAUGAGGUGAGACCUGUAGACUGGCAAUGCAACAACCAAAAGAAAUGCAGAGAGUCACUGUGGUCCAAACUGGAUCCCGUUAAACUGGACACGGCGAAAUUGGAAAACCUCUUUGAAACAAAAUCCAAGGAGUUGCCAGUUACAAAGAAAACUGCAGCAGAUGGAAAGCGUCAGGAGAUCAUUGUUCUCGACUCAAAAAGAAGUAACGCCAUCAACAUCGGCCUGACGGUCCUGCCUCCACCCCGGACUAUUAAAACAGCCAUCCUAAACUUUGAUGAGUACGCCCUGAGCAAAGAGGGCAUAGAGAAGAUCUUGACGAUGAUUCCCACAGAUGAGGAAACACAGAAGAUUCAAGAGGCCCAGCUGGCAAACCCAGACACUCCACUGGGCAGCGCUGAGCAGUUCCUUCUUAUUCUCUCCUCUAUCAGUGAGCUGUCUGCCCGCCUGCAACUCUGGGCCUUUAAGAUGGACUAUGAGGCUUUAGAGAAGGAAGUAGCAGAGCCACUACAGGACCUAAAGGAGGGCAUGGAUCAAUUAGAAAAGAAUAAGACGCUGCGCCACAUCCUUUCAACUCUUCUGGCUAUUGGCAACUUUCUCAAUGGGACCAAUGCUAAAGGUUUCGAGCUGAGUUACCUAGAGAAAGUUCCUGAGGUAAAGGACACGGUUCACAAACAGUCUCUGCUCCAUCACGUCUGCUCCAUUGUGGUAGAGAAGUUUCCAGACGGUUCAGACCUCUACUCUGAGAUCGGAGCCAUCACCCGCUCUGCUAAGGUUGAUUUUGACCAGCUACAAGAAAACCUGUGUCAGAUGGAGCGUCGCUGCAAAGCAUCCUGGGACCACCUGAAGGUGAUCGCCAAACAUGAAAUGAAACCGGCCCUUAAGCAGCGCAUGUCCGACUUCCUAAAAGACUGCGCAGAGAGGAUCAUCAUUCUUAAAAUCGUCCAUCGGCGCAUCAUAAACAGGUUUCAUUCGUUCCUGUUGUUCCUGGGCCACCCACCAUACGCUGUGAGAGAGGUCAGCAUCCACCGCUUCAGUAAGAUCCUGAGUGAGUUUGCACUCGAGUACCGCACCACCAGAGAGCGUGUGCUCCAGCAGAAACAGAAAAGAGCCACUCAUCGCGAGAGAAACAAGACUCGCGGCAAAAUGAUCACAGAUAGUGAGGAGGAAGACGAUAAUGAGAGUGGGAAAUUUGCAGGCACUUCUUUGGAUGGUCAGGAGUCUCAGCCACAGGGUUUGGGUUACACUGAAGACGCAGCUGAACAUGAGCAGAUGACUGCAGUACUUCGUACCAGCCUGCAGGGCGGCGAUAGUUCCUCCUCUAUACUCCCAGGUCUACGCACACGAACUCGAGCCAGCCGAGGCCAUACAGGACUUUUGUCUGCUGCGAAUGAAGACGUUUCUAACUGCGGAAACGACACAGCGGAUGAAAUCAUGGAACGUAUCGUGAAAUCAGCCACUCAGGGCCCCAGUCAGCGCAUUCAACCACGCGAGAGGAGACGCUCCCGAGCCAACCGCAAAUCCUUGAGAAGAACACUGAAGAACGGACUCACAGCGGAAGAAGCACAGGCACUGGGAUUGGCCACUGGCUCGGAGAUGCAGGUGUGAGACGGCAGUCGCUCAGGGUCUUGGCACACAUCGUCUGGAUAAAGGACACUUCAGCUUGUGUUUGCUUUGAUUUGAAUCUUGCAGCAGGUGCAUGUUUCUGGAUGUUUUACAAUGGUUAUCGCUGUGGACGAACUUAUUCUCACGGAUGAAAGGGAUUAUAAUCACUAACCCAUCAUAAUAUAUUUAAACUGGGACAUGUAGUCAACCCUUGCAGCAAUAACUGGCUUCAUCGUCAUUUGCAUUACAUCCCAAGGCGGAAGCCCAGUGCGCACUGUGUGAUUUCGGCCAAAUGCAAAACCAUUCGAAUCUCUUACGAAGUUCUGACAGUGUCCGACAUUUUGGGUCACAGUGUGACUGCUUUCCUGGCGGACGUUUAAUGAAGAAUCAAUAAGAGCACAUCGAUUUAUAAUUGAGCUUUCUGAUAGCUUUGACUUUAUGAAGAUCUCCACAGGCUCCGUUUGCAAAUCACACAGUGUGCACUUGGCUUAUAAGACUCACUCAGGUGCAACUGUUCCUACUUUCGAGUGCUACGUACCUGUGGACUAUAUCGUGAUAUCCCAAACAAGCAUUUUCAUGCUUUCGUUUCUUCUUUCAACGAGAACAAGCACAGUUGUUGAUGCACAAUGUUUGUAGAUGCUUCUGCACACCCUGAUUGUCAUCCAGUACAGAGACAAAUGGCUCUUAUGUCUCUUACCGCCGUGGCCUUCAGAAUGAACCCAAAGAACUGCUUUGAAGAUGACCGGAUCCGGAUCCUUUCUACUGGAUGUUUGCUCAAAUACAGAUGGCAUUGAUCAGUAGCACCUUCCGAAUUUAAAUCUAAUGUAAAUCAGGGGGUGAUACUCUUUUUUUGUUUGUUUCCUUAGCUUUUUAUUAACACUUCAAAUGUAGCCUGAUUUUGAACAACAGUUCAAAUCUUCAUAGACCACAUACACUGUUAGUACAUUUCUUCCAUUUAUGCUGCAAGUCUUCUGUUGUGAUCAAACUCGUUUCAUCUAAUUAUCAAAUUACUUGCACACAAAUGAGAGGGAACGAGAAAGUCCUGUUUUUCUCAUUUUCUUUCUAAUUUUAGUUAGUUCCGUGUACGUUAUCUGUUAAAUUGGUUGUAAUACAAUGAUCUCAAAUAUCAUUUAAGAUGCAAAAGUAGACAAUCGUCGAGUUUGUUCAGUGAAAAAGACAGUAUUUAACAAACACGUGCCUUGAAGAAACGUUUCUAUGAGAAUGCUCUUCAGGAUCUGAAUACUGAUCACUCAGAUUGGUAUCCCAGACAGCAGACGACUCCGGGCCGGAUCCACGCCAAAGUAAGCAGUUCCGGUGCAGAGUGAUCUGCUGUCUGGGAUUUAAAUAUAUAGUCAUUGCUAAACACAUCAUUAAAUUAAAGGUUUGAGGUUUAUUUGAUAGAUUAUUUACCCCAGAGACGCCCGAUGUUUGUGAUCGUAGUACCAUUCAGCACCUUAUCAUGUGUAGCAUGCAAUUUCGAAAGGAAUUGGAAAAUUGAGUCUGUUGUUUUUUUUUCACCUUUCCCUCAGAUUUUUUUCUGAGUAUUGUUAUGUGGAUAAGAGUUUAGAUACGUGUAAUGUAGAGGCUGAACAUGACAGAUGCUGUAAAAUUGUGUAAAUGUCACUUAAACGUUUUUAAUUUUUGUGUUGUGUUGAUGUUUUGUAUAGAAUAGUGUAUUAUAGAUCAAAAGCAGUGUUAUUCUGUGAAAAUUCUUAAUUUAAGAGAAAGCAAGCCAUGCACGGUUUCAACGAUAACAAAAUUAUCUGCAGGUGCGCCUGUCGUCAUUAUUUUGGGAGAAUUUCGCUUUUGUUUUGACAUGUUUUACGCGUUUACGCAGCACCCAUCCGCUCUGCACUCCUGCGCAAAUGGCCUUUGAUAAUAUUGCACUCGCAUACAGAGUUUCACCCGAUCUGCUACAAGUGCCAUAAAUGUUGGUAUUGGAUUAUCUUGAAUGUGAACAUUUGACUUCCAAAUUCCAAAAGGAGCAAAGCAUUUACUGUACUUUGCAAUAAAAGCUUUCAAAGCAGCA